AUGCAGCCAAGUGUGGGCCGUGACAAUGUUUCCAUCUGCUCAAGUGAUAGCAGCUAUCAUAUUCGGUAUUGGAACUCCGUUAUACCAGAACUUCUGUAUCGAUUUCUCCCCCUUAAACCAAUUCCCGGCAUACCGUACGAUGAGGCCUCGAUUCACCGCCUCCUCGGUGAUAUCCCGGAUCUCCUAGCAUCGCAGAAAGUACACCAGGAGCCAUGGGGUGCCAUGGUGAAGAAGUUCAAAGACCUUGACUCACCUAUCGUUCAGAUUUUCGCAAGGGUUGGUAGGAAACCUUGGGUUGUCAUCAUAGCCGCGCGGGAGGCGAAUGUCAUAUUGACUCGACGAGCAGCAGAUUUUGAUCGAUCGGGGUUCUUUGGUGAACUCGUUAAUGCCAUCAUGCCACGCUUUCACACAAGGCUCAUGGCCAAUGACGAAUGGCGAGGGCAUCGAGGGCUAUUAAACGACACAAUGUCUCCGGCAUUCAUAAACUCGACGAGUGGUCCUGGAUUGCACGAGGCCUUCUCCCAAGUCAUGGAUCUCUGGCGGGCCAAAAUGAUGCUAGCAAACGAUCAUCCAAUUGACGUUGAACAAGACAUCCUUUACGCUAAUUUGGAUGCAAUCUGGGCUGCUGCCUUCGGGAAGACAGCUGGAGCUGUCGAAUCACAAUUUAAGAAGGUGGCCGAAAUCUCCUCUGCGCCAGAUGGAGUGUUCCGCAUUCCUAAUGCUGAGAUUCCGUUCGAAGCAAAGGCAGUGACCAUUCUCGCGGAGAGCAUGGCCAUCACCGCAAACUCACCACUUGUAGGGCUACAUCACAAGUUUGCCGUCCGCUUCUAUCCUCGCCUACGGGCAGCCAUGAAGGCCAAAAGGGCUCUGCUACGAAGACAAGUCGAUGAUGCUGCACAGCGAAUGCGUAGCCAAGACGGCGCAAUCCAAUCUGUCACUGAUUUCGUCAUAGCUCGCGAGAUGAAAGCAGCGGAAAAGGCAGGUCGGCCUGCUAACAUCCAUUCUCCCGUCAUCCACGAUGAGCUCUAUGGCUUUCUCAUGGCCGGGCACGACACAGGAGGUACAGUCAGCGGUUGGGGCGUGAACUUCCUAAUGAAAAACCCCAGAGUACAAGACACUCUCAGAAACUCCAUUCAAACCGCAUUCCCGAAUUAUCUCCCAGACGGAGUUCCCACGGCCAGGACUAUCGCCACAACGUCCCUGCCAUACCUGGAUGCCUUCAUCGAGGAGGCAUUGCGCUUGGGUCCAGUAGCUGGCGUACAGGUCCGGGAAACAAUCCGAGACACCCAGCUCCUAGGCCAUAUGGAUCAUAGAGGCACGAAUGUCUUCAUGUUUCUUAUCGGCCAAAGCGUACAACUCCCCCCCAUCAAUGUCUCCCCCUCUCUCCGGAGUAAAACAUCCCAAGACUCCUACUACCAAUUCACCGACCGCAAUCCUCAAGGCAUAGCGGAAUUCAAACCUGAACGCUGGCUUAAAGACGACGGGACAUACAACCCCAGCGCCGGUCCGGCGCUGGGGUUCGGCACUGGACGGAGAGGAUGCUUCGGCAAGAAAUUUGGCCUCCUUAAACUACGGAUGUUCUUCUUUUUGCUAGUCUGGAAUUUCGAUCUCCUUCCCCCGAUUGGUGAGGAACAAGGCCCAUUACCAAGGAAGCUGAGGCUGGCUUUGAAGCCCAGAACUACGUAUGUGAGGUUCAGGGAUUUGAGGAGGUGA